GCCCGUCGAACCAUACAGAGGGUAGAAGGUUCUCGAAGCUUCCAUCUCUAUCGAUGCACCCCCUGCUCCCUGCUCGGUUGAAGCACCCAAACCCCCCACUGUAAAAACGUCACCGCCCAAUCUUUGGAUGGCGGGGGGAAAGAUGGAAGAUUCUUGAUUCUGUUGGUGGAGGAGGGAUUCUGAUGGAAGAGAGCUAUACCAGCUAGUUUGCGCUGCGUGGGUAGAUCAGCACGAAGCUUUUAAAGCUUGCAACACUCAUUCAUACAUAUACAUAUACACACACACAUACACAUACACGUACACGUACAUGCACUUGACUGUUGCCAAACUUAACAAAGAUCUGUUGCCCAAUUAAUUCCUACCAAUUCAAUCUCUCAUCCGACGCAAUUCGAUUGGAGUACUCUCUCACUUGCCUGACAACAGCGACAACGACAACAAAGGAUCACAAUCUCAUUCUCCAUAUUCUCUCUUCUUUCAGCGGCACCAAAGCAAGAUCGGUAUCUAGGGAAAAGACAACAAGGAGGACUCAUACCCAAACUAGCCAACUCAUAGUUCACAAUCACGAGAUCUUUGGAAGAAUCUUAUUCAAGUGAUUUUGCUGGACGACCGUUUUACAGCCUUUCUACAACCAAUUUGCAACCCGUGGUCGAUAGUCGACACCUUCAUUAGACGAGAAUUUGCUGUUGGCUGUUGAUCUUUGAAGUUGGACAUAGCUUAUCCAACAACGUCACGACUUUUCGUUUCCCCUCUCAAACCAUAGUUCGACAGCAACAUACAUUCAAAAAGCGGCAAAUAUGGUGGCAGAAACAAAACUUUACGAUGCAUUAGGCAUCAAGCCUUCUGCGAAUCAACAAGAAAUCAAAAAAGCAUAUCGUGCAAUGGCCCUAAAACACCACCCCGACAAAAAUAAAGAUAAACCCGACUCGGCUGAAAAAUUCAAAGAAGUAUCUCAAGCCUACGAAAUCCUCUCGGAUCCCGAAAAGCGCAAAACUUACGACCAGUAUGGAUUAGAAUUUAUGCUUCGCGGCGGUCCCCCACCACCCGAGCCCGGUACGAGUGGUGGAAACCCAUAUGCAAGCGCAGGAGGCAUGCCUGGCGGUUUUGAAGGCUUUAGUUCCUCUGGCGGUGGCAUGCCUAGAGGAAAGACAUUCCACUAUGAUUUCAGUAGCGCGGGCGGGCCAGGCGGCGGAGGAUUUAGUUUCAGCAAUCCAGAAUCGAUUUUCAGUGAAUUUUUGAGAGGCCAAGGAGCGGGAGGUGGUGGGGAUGGAAUGGAUGAUAUCUUCGCAAGUAUGGGGGGAGGAAUGCCUCGCUCCAGUCCUGGAGGAGCAGGCGGACGAUCGAGACCCGCACGCUCGGCAUUCGAGGGUGCGCAACCAGCGAGACCGAGGGCGGAGACGCCUGAGGUGACGACGGUGGAGAAACCUCUAGCGUUGAGUCUUGAAGAAUUGUUCAAGGGUUGUCAUAAGAAGAUGAAGAUUAAGAGGAAGACUUUUGAUCCGGAAACGGGCAAGAGACAAACCACCGAUCGCAUUUUGGAAAUGGAUAUCAAACCCGGAUUGAAGAAGGGAAGUAAGAUUAAGUUCAAGGGCGUGGGUGACCAAGAGGAGGGGGGACAGCAGGAUUUACAUUUUGUUAUUGAAGAGAAAAAACAUCCCUACCUAACCCGCGACGGUGACGACCUAAUUAUGACCGUUGACCUUGAUCUCAAAGAAGCCCUAACAGGCUGGAACCGCACCGUCACAACUAUCGAUGGUAAAAACAUCUCUCUCGAUAAAGGAGGACCCACUCAACCCGGCUCCUCAGAUUCCUAUCCGGAUUUGGGCAUGCCGCUGAGCAAGCAACCUGGCACGAGGGGUAACUUUAUUGUGAAGUAUAACGUGAAGUUCCCGACGAGUUUGACGGCGGAGCAGAAGCGGGCUUUGAAGGACAUUUUGUAGGCGGAUUUAACGUUGCUAUUUUGGGGUUUCGGCGUAUAGGAAGGGAUUUCCUGUUGUUUAUAUUAGCUAGCGGAACUGGAGUGAGAGCGGGAUAUAGCAAGCAUGCAUGAUUUGGACUGUUGUUCCGAGUGUCUUGGGAUGGAUGGAUGCAUGGAAAGAAGAAAUAUACUUCCUUGACUAGGUUGAAUUGUUAAAUGAGGAAUGAGGAAUGAAAUGACGAUUCAUAAUAAACGCAAAUGCUAUUGAGUAGUCCACAUUAUAUAUCUGCACACUUGCCAAGAAGAUCCAUUGCACA